AUGCAUGUUUGGUCCUUUGAAAUAGGUCUUUUGGAGCAUUCUGGAGCAUAUGGGACACAAGGAGCAUGGAGGGACUUGGCACAUGGAAGCAGCUCAACUAGAUAUGCAAAGGAAGAAGGGAGAAGCCAUCUUGAAGACCAGCUCGACCGUCCACUCGACCAACCGGUCGAGUUCCUCAACUCGACUGGCCAAGCUUCAACUCGAUCGAGCUGGGGAGUCAAAGUCAAACCCGAAAAAUGUUGCUUCCCCCUUGACUUCCCUUUGACCCUAAACCUAAUCCUCUUUGUAUUUAAAGGCUCUUAG